AAAAAACAAAAAAAAUGCAUUCUAAAACCAAAAUUUUUAUUGAAACUAUUGGCUUAAAAAGUUCUAUUAUAAAAAUCAAAUUUUUAAAUCCAGAUGAACGAUUAUCCAAUAUUCGUAAAGAACUUGAACAUGCUAAUAUUAUUAAUAAUAUGUUAGUAUUUUCAAAAGAAAUAAAUAAUGAAUUUUUUGAAGUGGAACGAGAAGAUGAAGAAAAAUUUCAAUUAAAAGAAAUUAUUACGCCUUUUAAGACUGCUAAAAAAUUAUAUUUAAAACGACUUACUUGGAAUUUCUUUAAUAAACAAUAUAAAUUGGAUUAUGGAUGUACUAUAGGUUUUGGUGAAAUUAGAAGAGCCAAUAAAAGGGCAUUUGAAAUGAAUGAUUCUAUAUUAACCGAAACAAAUUCUAAAGGGAUUAAAAAAGGUCAACUUAAGUUUGAAUCAAAAGAAGAUUGGAUGAAGAAAACUAAUUUAUUUUUUAAAGAUUAUUCUAAUAUAAAUGACCUUAUAAAUUCAGGAUUAUCAGUUGAGAGUUCACUUAAUACAAAUUUUGAUAGAGAAACUUACCAAUAUAUAGAAAUUAGUAAAUUAAAAUUGACAUUUAGUAAAAAUAAUUUAACAUUAACUGAUGACUUCAAAAAUGUUAUUAUUGAAGCCAUAAAAUCCAAAGACCCUAAAAAUUUUAGGGAAAUUAUUAUGGAAUAUGGACAAUUCAUUCCAACUAACGUAAUUUUGGGGGGAAGAGUUUAUUUUAAAGGUACUAUAAUGUCAUCAAUGUCACCAGAAAAUUCCUCAGCUAGUAUAGAUAGUAUGGAAAUAGAAAUAGAAAGCGACCCCGAUGGCUCAAAAAAGAAAACAAAUUUUAAUAGUAUGAGAUUUCUCGGAGGAAAUCAUCCUAAAGAUAAAAAAUUUAAUGAAGAAGCUUGGAUUAAAUCAUUAAAUAGUUAUCAUACUUGGGAAUGUAUAGAAUAUAGAAAACCGAAUAAUAUUUUUCAACUUUUACCCGAUGAUUUACGUAAAGAAUCUUAUAAAUCUAUCGGGAAAAAAGUUCUUUAUACAAAUAUUAUAGAUUAUAAUUAUAGAUUAUAUGAACCCGGAAUGUAUGGAACUUUUGAAUUAACUGAUGCCGUUCCACAGAAUAUCUUGGAAAUAAUUCAAGAUGAAGAAACUGAUUGCGACAUCUUUGCAGCAGUCGUUAAUGUUGAUAAAAAUUCAAAAGAUGUUUUCUUUAACUGUCAAAUUUUUAAAGAACAAAAAGCGAGACCAAGUAUCAUCAUUCAUGGAAUUCAAAAGAAAUUUCGUCAACGUAUAUAUAAUUUGAAAAUUGCUUUGAUGAUCGUCGGUUACGACACAAAAUUCAAUUUCAUUCUUUCAGACAUUGCUAAUGUUGAAUUAAUAAAAAUUAAUUAUGAAUCAAAAUUUGAACGUGAAUUUGAUAAUAUAAAAUUACAACGAGAACUUGGUUCAAUAAUAGCAAGUGGAAUCCCUUUCUUUGGAAUUCCUGUAUUAAGUAAUUUUGAUUCUUCAAAUAAUUCUAUUAUCAUUGGUCAUAAUUUUUCAAAUAAUGAUAAUUAUAAACCGAUUUUUUUGAAACAAGAUAAUGAACAAAUUAAGAAACAAGGGGGUCACUACGCAAAAAUGAGCUAUACCGAUUAUAUUAAUUUGGGGAUUAUAAUAAAUAUUAACAAUUUGGAAAAACAUAAUGACAUGAAACAUUUAGGAACAGUGUAA